GCUUACACUGCUUACAGCUUUCUCACAGAGCCUAGGAAGUAACUUACUUGAAAACAAUUCCUGUCGUCCCAUAUUAGGUUCUCGGUUUGGCUGUUUCCGGUUGAAUUCAUAUUACCGACAUUAUGAACCGCCGUAAACUUGUGCUUCUACGAAAGCACUUCAAUUGUAGUGAAGAUUCUACACUAUUGGAGGUAGAAAAAAUUCUUCGCCGGAGAUUGAAGAUAUUAGAAGAGCAAAGGGAGGAUGGGUUUUAUAACUGGGUUCGGCCGGACCAUUGGCCUAUGGCCGAGAGCGACAAUAAUUUCAAGCCCAGUCCUCAUCCAAACCGUGGUACGAGGAGGUCGGUCCUCCCACGCAAGCGACCGAUGUACAGGGAAGAGUCUUCCGACGAGGAAGAUUACGAAGCGAUAGACCAAAACGAAGUGCUGAAUUAUGAUGAAGAUGAAGAUGAGGAAGGUUACGAAGAAGAACCUAUAGAAGAUAACGAGGAUGAUAUGGAGGAUGAUAAGGGUUUAGAAGAAGAUAAAUGGAUCGACAAGGAUAACUUAUCCAAUUAUGACGAAGCGGCGGAUUGGGAAAUGAGCGGCCAACAGGAUUCCUCGGAUUCUGAUGACGAGGAAGGUGCUCAGGUGUCUUGGGAGGAAGAGGACAUGGAUCUCGAUAUGAAUGAGGUGAUAGAGGAGAGCCAAACGGCACGAAGAUGAUACCAAUAUGGCUAAAAAAAAAAAAAGAGCUAC